AAGUACAAGUCUGGCGAUCUCUGUGUAGAUACAUGUGAAGUUUUAACUGAUGUUGACAAUAGAGAGUGUGUUAGUACAUGUAAAGAGACUCAAAUUAUCGAUACAAUUAAUAAGAAAUGUUACUCAAUAUGUCCUGCAUUCUAUGAUAAUGUCACUAACGAGUGUGUCGAUGAUUGUGUUACAGGAAGAUACAAAGAUGUGACCAACAAGUUGUGUGGAGACAGUUGCCAAGAGCCUUUAUAUAAGAACACCAAUACCUUUACUUGUGACGAGAGUUGCACUAAUCCACUCUUCACUUUUGAGGAAGAGAAAAGCUGUGUUGAAAACUGUGUAGCUCCACUUUUCCAACACUUUGAAGAACAAUUGUGUUACAAGACGUGCCCAAGUGAGUUGUUUGAAUAUGACUCGAAGUGCUAUAAUGAAUGUCCAAGUGACACUUAUGUCGUCAAUUUGACUGAUUAUAAGAAGCAAUGCUCUAAAGAUAGUUGCCCUGAAGGGUUUUACUCUGUAGAAGACAAUUCCGUCGCCCCGGAGGCGCAUAUAAUGUGCUUUGCUGAAUGUCCAAAUGAAUUUAAGUACUUGGAUGAGACCACACAGAAGUGUUACAACACAUGUUUAACUGAAUACACUGAUGAAGUGAACAAUCAAUGUGUUGCUUCAUGUCCAUCCACUAUAUAUACUGAUAUUGUCACUAAAAAGUGUUUGAGUGUUUGCCCGGCUGGUCGUGUUGUUGAUGUGACAAAUAAGGUGUGUUAUGACAGUUGCCCAGAUGAGAUGUACAAGGACGAGUUAACUAAUACAUGUGUGGCUACAUGUUCAAGUCAAUCAUAUCAAUCUGAAUUGGAUAAGACUUGCUACAUGUCUAAAUGUCUGAAUGAGUAUACUGACCGCUCUAACUAUAUGUGUAGAGACAAGUGCAGUGAUACACAAUAUGUCAAUAAAGAGAAUAAAGAGUGCUUUGAGAAUGGGUGCCCAGACUACUAUUAUCAACUUGAAGAUACACACGUGUGUGUCGACGACUGUGAUGUGAGUACAUAUUAUAUCGAUUUAGUCAAUUACAAGUGUGUGUUGAAGUGCCCGGAUACCUUAAAAGUGUUUGAGAUGAUGAGAACAUGUGUUGCCCAGUGCAGUGUAUCUACUAUUGAAUUUAACAACACGUGCAUUUAUGAAUGUCCAGAGGAGUAUUACACUAACGAUAUCAACAAGACAUGUGACUCUGGAAAGUGCCAAGACCCACUCUAUACAAAUGUAGUUGAUAAGUAUUGUUACGAAGAUAACUGUCCCGAAGGCACGUAUGUCUCUAAGACAGAGAAAAUGUGUUACAGUGUAUGUCCAGAAGGACUCUUUUAUAUUGUUGGCUUUAAGGAGUGUGUGGAAGUAUGCCCUAAUGGGACGUACACAUAUCCUAAAGACAGUUUGUGUUACCAAAACUGCCCAGACAACUUGUUUGAGUACUCAGAUGGAACUACUAUGGAAUGCCUCUUAAAUUGCCCAUCUGAUUACUUCAACGACUUCAUUAACAGAAACUGCACUUUAAAGUGUCCCGAUGACUUGUAUUCGACCACCACAGAUACAUUCAAGAAGUGCGACAGUACAUGUGUUGAGAACCUUUAUAAAGAUGAGGAGUUGAAAACGUGCUCAUACCCAUGUCAAGAGGGGCGAUAUACAUACACUGAAGAAUGGAAAUGCUACGGGAAGUGCCCAUCUCCUUUGUACUCAGAUAACAGCACAAUGACGUGUGUCAUUGACUGCCCAACAGGAAGUUACAUUGACAUUGAAGACAUGUCUUGUGUGAGUAGUUGCACUGGUAAAUACUUGUAUGGAGACAACAAGAUGUGUGUGAGCGUAUGUCCUAAUGGUACAUACACUGAUGUAAUUAAUAUGCAAUGUCUUACUCAUUGUGUAGAACCUCUGUUACAAGAUGAAGUGGAGAUGAUGUGUGUUGAGACGUGUAAUACAACAUAUACAUAUGCGGAUUUAAUCAACUUUAAAUGCGUUGAGACAUGUCCAGAAUUCACAUACGAGGAAGAUAGAAUGUGCUACAACACAUGUCCUCAAGAUGUACUCAUCCCAAUCUAUGAGAACAAAACAUGUGUGUCUGAGUGCCCAAGUCCAUACUACAAAUACACUUUCAAUGAAGUUAAAUGUGUGCUGGAGUGCGACAGUACUACUUACACAAACAAUUUCAGUAUGGAAUGUGUCGGGAGUUGCCCCAAGCCAUACUUCGGGACGUACGACACGGCGAUGUGUGUUGACAUAUGUCCUAACGGCACAUACAAAGAUGAAAUCAAUCGCCUUUGCCAAGAGACGUGUCCUGGUACUUUAAAGACAGAUGUAGUGAGUUAUGAGUGUGUGAUUAGUUGUCCAGAAAUGACGUAUUUGUACAACACCAUAUGUAACGUGACAUGUCCAAAUGGUCUCUACAGAUUGAAAGAGAAAGGGAAUUGGAGGUGUGUUAGUACAUGUCCAGCUACAACAACGAGAUACCCCGAUGAGUUACUCUGUGCAGAGACAUGUAAAGCGGAGGGUGUAUUUACAUAUACAGAAGAAGAUGGUACUAAAACAUGUGUAGCAGUCUGUCCAAUUCCUUACUACUCAGAUAAGAAGACUUGGACGUGUGUAAAACAAUGUACGAAUGGGAUUACAUACCCUGAAAAUUAUACAUGUGAUAGUACUUGUAAUGCGCCAUACUUCCAAUACCCCGGGUCUAUGUGCUACAUUAAGUGUCCAAGCGGGUAUAUUGGGAAUAGCGCGACACACAUUUGUGAGAAGAAUACAUGUGAUAAGUACUAUGAUGAGAUCAAUAACAUAUGCUAUGAUACAUGUCCAGAGGAUAUGUUCACUUCUGAAACGAGCAAACCAUACACUUGUGUGACUCAAUGUGCAGCUCCAUCGUUUGGAUUGACUGAUGGAGAUCUGAAAAAGUGUGUGAAUGAGUGUGGUGACACUAAAUAUGGUGAUAUAGAGACUCGAUUCUGUGAGAGUUGUGGUGCAAAUUGUAACACUUGUAUUGACGCUACACAAUGUAUGACAUGUACUGAUGAAAAUAAGUACAUUCUGAAUGGCGAAUGUGUCGAUAAUUGUCGAGAGAAUGGCGUCUUUGUGCUCUCUGAGACAGUCCCAAAGAAGUGUGGAAAGUGUUUAGAAGCUUUCCAUUGUAGUACAUGUACCGAUGCUGAAAAUGUCUGCGAUACAUGUGUUGAUAAUUACUUCAUACAAGACAAAAUGUGUGUAGAGACCUGUUCUAAUGGAUAUUACUUAGACAAUGUUACAUGUAAGAAUUGCCCAUUAGGGUGUUUAACAUGUUCAAAUGAAUUUAGUUGUGAGUCGUGUGCUGAUGGAUACUAUAAGGAAGACUCCUCUUGCACUACAUGUGAAAAUAAGAGUAUCAAGGGCAAUGAAUGUGUAGAAGACUGUGGUGUUGGAAUGUAUUCAAAAGUAGUCGAAGGGCAAACAGCUAAGGUCUGCACUUCUUGCAAUAUACAAAAUUGUUUGGCGUGUUCUUCUGAGAGUGUUUGUACUCAAUGUAUUGAUAAUACUUUUGUAGUCGUUAAUGGUACUUGUGUCACUAAAGAUGAUAAUUCAACGAGCUCUCAAACCCCACAAGAAUCAAACAACUCAAAAGAACCAGAAACAUCUGAUUCUUCAUUCAAUGGAAAUUCUACAGAGAGUGAAACUAAUGAGACUAGUAGUGUUUCAACUUCACAAGGGACAAAUCCUGAACAGCCUAAAGAUGGUGUGGAUAUGACAAAGUUGUUUGUUGUCAUAUGUGCUAUUUUCUUGUUGCUUUAA